UGUCGGUGUAUUAGACGUCGUUUGUUUACUACCGUGCAAGUUCACCGUGGCCACCUGGUACUCUCACGACAGUGACGACGUGGACAUACAUAAGCGAAUGCUCACGAUGGCAUCAUAAUACAGACACUGCUCACAAGUCGCGUCGGAAAAAUACCAAAGGUGCCUCGUGGCAGUGCCUGCAGUACGUGUCGACGCAACAUGAAUGAGCCACGAUUUCGGUGAUCUUUCUGUAAGCUCCCGCCGUGUGAGGAGCGUUUCCGCAGAAACUGAAAGCACGAGUAACUGUUUAGUUUAAAUACGUCUUACGUUGGCGAUGAGCAUGAUGGAUAUUCCCGUUCACGGCAGCAACAGCGACAACGGACAGAGCUCUGACUCGAGUUCUACGGGCUCUGGCAGCUACGUCAAAAUCUCCAUGGACACUGACGAACCAAACAGCUAUGAUGCCGACUCGCCCAUCGUUCAAGCAGCAGCCGCAGCUACGGCGACAGCUGCUGUACCGACCGUUUCGUCGCAGGCACCGGCCAAGCCUCUGGACGAGUUCGUCUUCAUGUCGACCUCGAGUCCUGACUACAGCCGCCUGACCGGCACGAUGGACCCUUGGUCCUCCCCGCACAGUGGCAAAGGAGAUACCUCGUUUGCGUCUUCCAUACCUGGUUCAUCGUUCCUGCAUCAGAAAGGCCUUGGCUGGUUGCUUGAGGUGGAUGAUGCAGAUGACGAUGACAAAGCACCUCUCCUGGAGGAGCUGGACAUUGACCUGAAGGACAUCUACUACAAAGUAUGCUGCGUGUUGCUUCCCUUUCCUUUUAUGGGCUACAAGCGGCAGCUGGUCAGGGACAGCCCCGACUUCUGGGGACCUCUGCUGGUCGUCAUUCUCUUCUCCCUUGUCUCCAUCUAUGGCCAGUUCUCAGUGGUCUCAUGGAUUGUCACCAUGUGGAUCUUUGGAUCACUAGUCAUUUUUCUUCUGGCCCGAGUUCUGGGUGGAGAGGUGAGCUACUCCCAGUGUCUCGGAGUGAUUGGCUACUCUGUCCUGCCCCUUGUAGUCACUGCGACCACUCUUCCUCUGGUCAGACCUUUCCACUACGUGGAAUUGACAUUCAAGCUGCUUGGCGUUCUGUGGGCAACGUACAGUGCUGGCUCACUGCUCUGUGUACAGGAACUGCAGAACAAGAGGCCACUGCUCUUGUAUCCCGUGUUUCUCCUCUACGUUUACUUUUUUUCACUCUAUUCCGGUGUUUGACCUGGCCAUUUGCUGUGGUGCAUCUGCUUCCUGAUUGUGCAUUGGAACGGGACGGUCGGCGAUUUUAUAACCCAGAUGUGUGGUUCACUGCGUGUAAAUACUUCCUGAAGAGCUGUGCUUUUUUUCUUUUCUUUUUUGAAGCUACGUGUUUGCGCUAAUAUAAUAAUGGGAGCUGAGUUUAUGACAUCUCAGAUUAAGAAAAAAAUAAAUUGUUAUGGGUGCAACUUGACCUAGUGUCACAUAUAUCUGCUGCAGUCAAACCUCAAUAUAAUGCACAUGGAUGUAAGAAGUUAUUGUAUAUAACAAAGUAAAUAAACAUUUCUCACUGGUAUCAGCGUGUAAUGAAUAUAGGAUAUAGCAAAUGUGUUUCCAUGUUGAAUGUUCCUUCAUUGUAAUGAGGUUCGACUGUACAGCCAAAGGCUUGGAAAGAUGAAAAUGACAUGCACAAAUACUUGUACAGUUGGUGCCUGUGAGCUGUUGAUCCUGUACCGUAAAACCUAAUUAAUUUGAAUUUAGUGGGACCAGAAGAAUUAUCUCGCUUAUCGAAAUGUCGAAUUAUUGGACAGAGAAAAUAGUCAGCUGAUGUUUGUUGCUUUUGUGUAGCGAGAAAAUACCUAUUACUGUCAUUUGAAUUUUGCUUGACACCGGUGUGCUGAAAUUAUAUCUUCUACAGCUCACUCAGAUGGCCUUGCAAUGUGAUGAAUUUCCCGGUUUGGUGAUGGCUGUAGAUGUCUUUAUCCAAAUAAGUGUGCUUUACAUAACAGCUGAGCAAGUCUCUUGAUUAUUUUGUCACCAGUGAGCCGGCCUGCAACAUAAUUGUCCUUCAUGAUCACCAAGCACGUUCAGCAUCUGUGGUCCAUCACUGUUAAAGUACUUUCAUUCUAUUUGUGGACAGUUCAGUGAAUUCUCUCAUAUUAUGAGGACCUAUGUCAUUCCCUUAAAAACAUAAAGAAAGGUCUUGCACUUACCACUGCUUUGCUUUUGCUCAAAUUAAGAUUGCAUUUAUGGUCUGG